AACCACAUCAACAAAGCGCUAGUUCAGAUAUAAACCUUACCUCAUGAUAUUAUCAGAGUACGUCAGUAACAGCUUCGCCGCGUCCAGAAAGGCUUCAUCUGAAUUCUCACAUAAAGUCGUGACUGCUGGAGAAACAGACAUCUUUAUUACACAAACCGACAGUGUUCACAAGCUGAGCUAACGAUGCUAACGAUGCUAAUAGAUAUUGGGGUCCCUUUGGAGUUUUAGGUGACGUAUCAGCGCCUGAAUACGUAUUUGUAGUUUAUAAAAUACGUAAAAUAAGACUUUCUUCUCCCUGCUCUUUUCCACCAUGGCCUACAAACACUGCGUGAAGUGUACAUGUUGUGUUUUAUAAUAAUUGCCAUGAGUGUAAGAAACUAAUAACUACAUGUACGUGCUAAACCAAUCAGGCGUUCAGAAUUGUUCAAAGCCCCAACUGACUGGAAUACUUGACCUGCUGAUCAGGACUAAACUCCAGCUGAGACCUCACAACAUCCGGGUCCUUCUUCAAAAAUCACUCUGUGUUUCUCCAGACCAAGACUCAAGACGCUGCAGCUCUGGAACGCAGAAAAGGAGGGUUGUGAUCACUGGGAUUGGGUUGGUUUGUCCUCUGGGAACAGGCACUACUUUACCCUGGGAACGCUUGAUUAAGGGACAUAAUGGGAUUGUGGCUCUCACCUCAGAGCAGUACAGAACCAUCCCCUGUAGAGUGGCUGCUCUGGUGCCCAGAGGAAAGGAACCGGGGCAAUUUGAGGAGGAGAAGUUCGCAUCUCGAGGGGAAAUCAACAGCAUGUGUCCGGCUACUGUGAUGGCACUUGGAGCUGCUCAACUGGCUCUGGAGGACUCAGGUUGGACCCCGAAGACCACAGAAGAGCAGCUCCGCACUGGGGUAGCUGUGGGGAUGGGCAUGGUGUCUCUGGAGGAAAUCUCUCGCACCGCCUCUGCUUUCCAGGACAAAGGAUACAAGAAGGUCAGCCCCUUCUUCGUGCCUCGAAUCCUCGUCAACAUGGCCGCCGGGCACAUCAGCAUCCGGCACAAACUGAAGGGCCCCAACCAUGCAGUUUCUACAGCUUGCACAACGGGAGUUCACGCUAUAGGAGACGCUGCCAGAUUCAUAUCCUACGGAGAUGCAGAUGCGAUGGUGGCAGGAGGAGCAGAGUCCUGCGUGGGUCCUUUAUCUGUAGCUGGGUUCUCCAGAGCAAGGGCCCUCGCUACGAAGUGGAACGAUGAUCCUCCGAAGGCUUCCAGGCCCUUUCACCCAGAGAGAGAAGGCUUUGUGAUGGGAGAGGGGGCAGCCGUGGUGCUUCUGGAGGAAAGAGAGCACGCUGUGAGGAGAGGAGCCCGAAUAUACGCUGAGAUUCUGGGGUACGGGCUCUCAGGGGACGCCAGCCACAUCACGGCCCCCACUGCUGAUGGAGAUGGAGCCUUCAGAUGCAUGUCAGCGGCCCUCAGAGAUGCGGGGGUUUCUCCUUCAGACGUGACGUACGUUAACGCUCACGCCACCUCCACUCCUUUGGGAGACGCCGCUGAAAACGCCGCCAUCAAGAAGCUGUUCCAUCAGAGCGCCGAGCAUCUGUGCGUCUCCUCCACUAAAGGGGCCACGGGGCACCUUUUAGGGGCCGCAGGGGCUCUGGAGGCAGCUUUCACGGCUCUCUCCUGCUUCCACGGGGUCCUUCCUCCCACCCUGAACCUGGACUGCACAGAUCCAGAGUUCAACCUGAACUACGUGCCCUUCACAGCGCAGAGGUGGAGCGCUGAGGGACGAAGAGUCGCUCUCACUAACUCCUUCGGGUUCGGAGGCACCAACGCCUCUCUGUGUCUCAGCAGCAUGUGAACACACUCAUUAAGAGAGUAUUGACUUUUAGAGGAUAGUACACACAGAAAAACAUGGAUACGUUGAUGUUAAGUCAAAAAGUGUGAAUUGAAAAGGAAAUUGCUCCAUUAAAAAGAUCAUAUGUUGACUUUAGUUAAAUGUGUUUUCUGUCCACAGGUUCCACAAAAUGGUAUAUGGUUCGUCUAAGUUAAUGAACUUGUAAAAUAAAAGACCAAGAAGUGUUUUUUGAGCCAAAUAUAAAUACAUUCUGAUAAACAAGGGGUAUUAAAGUUGUGUCAGUGUGUCAGCAGCAUCUGAACGGACUCAUUAGGAGAGUAAUUAUUGACUUUUAAAGGAAAUUGGCCCAUUAAAAUAAAUGAUACGUUGACUUUAAUUGCAUUUAUUUUGUCCACCGGAAACCAAAAAUUGUGAAUUGAGCCAAUUAAAUAAAACAUCUGAUCAUCAAGGGAUAUUAAAGAUAUGUGUCUGUCUCAGCAGCAUCUGAACAGACUCAUUAAGAGAAUAAUUAUUGACUUUUAAAGGAAAUUACAUUAAAAAAACGAUACGUUGACUUUAAUAAGUUGUAUUUUUGUCCACAGGUUCCACAAAAUUGUACUUGGUUUGUCAAACUAACUUAACUUGUAUAAUAAAAGACCAGAAAGUGUGAAAA